AUGAAGCCACAAGACCUUGUCUGUUCCAAAUGUUGGAUUGACUUCUUCGAUACUGAGUCUUUCGAAAAGACUUGUACUGCCGAAGACGACCCGUAUAUCCAUCACGAGACGAUUGCAACUUGGACAUUGGACGAGAUAAAAAAUGCCUCAUCAUCUGGUUGCAAUUGGUGCAGUUUUAUUGCGACAUUCUUGGAUGGUUCAAAGCAUGGAAACACCCCUAUAAAAGUGGUGUUACUCCCUGGCCGUGAAAGACAUCGUGCUACACCAACGGGUCGCAACGUCUUUUUUGUCCGCAUUUAUUAUCUAUGCGGAGAAGAUGAGGAAUUUGUUGAUACGUGCAGCAUCUAUGCCUUUACUCCCAGUAACGAUGAAGCAUCCGCACACGUCACCGCACGUCCGUUAAGAACAGAUGUUGGCAGUCAAGCCGCUAGUUGUCAAGUUCAAUCGUGGCUCGAGGAAUGCAAAGGACACGAUGGCUGCUCAGAUCCAAAUACAGAGACUGUCCUCCCUACAAGAGUCAUCGAAGUCAGCCCUAUAGAUCAACUUGAACCACGGAUCGUUGAAACUAGAGGACUCAGAGGAAGGUACGCAACUAUGUCAUACUGUUGGGGCAAAACAUCAUUCGAGGCACUCAACCAAUCCAACUAUGGCCAAUUCUCCAAGAAACUUGAAGUUAGCAUACUGCCUCCUACGUUCAAAGAAGCUAUUGCCAUAGCACGCAGUCUUUCCAUCCCGUAUUUGUGGAUUGACGCCCUUUGCAUCAUUCAAGACUCCGAAGAUGAUAAGAAUCGGGAAAUUUCAUUGAUGAAGGAUAUCUAUGCCUCUUCUUGUCUGACGAUCGUCGCCACUUCUUCACAAGACGUUCAUGGAGGGUUUCUUCAAGACCGAACCCAUGGGAAGAAAUAUUUUACGAUACCGUUUCGCAUGAAAUCCAACCUUUUUGGUAGCUUCUCCUUUGGCAACCUCGAGGACGUAGCAUACGAUGAGCGUUCUGAGCCGCUUGCAAAACGAGCUUGGACAUUGCAAGAACAACUCCUUGCUCAACGUACUGUCACUUAUGCUAGUCACACCAUGAUAUGGGCCUGCAAAGCUGGUACAAAAACCUUUGGCAAUUCCUUCCACUACCCCUAUUACGACAGUUGGGAUACACCCACCAGUCUGAACCUAAACAAGCUAUUGAUGGAUCCCCAAGACGCAAUAGAAUUGAGGUAUGAUGCGUUGAGCUGCUGGUGUCGGCUUGUUUCAGCCUAUUCCCUUAGACAUGCCAGCUUUGAGAAUGACAAGUUGAACGCAGUGGCUGGAAUUGCGCUCCAUCCCUCGUUUACCCCAGUCCUGGGUCCAGAGUAUCUUGCUGGAAUGUGGACAUACAGACUGGCACUACAACUGACGUGGUAUGUCGAACAUCACCACCGAAGUCUGCCUAAUGGCGAAAGACUCGAGUCGCAUCGGCCAAAGACAUACCGCGCGCCUUCCUGGUCUUGGGCAAGUGUGGAAGGCGGCAUGAUUGUGUUCUACGAUCUAUUCCAACCUAUGUAUGGUGUAACCCUUAUUUGCAGAGUUGUGGAAUGUUCAACAACGCCAAGGCUAAGCCAGAACCCCUUUGGAGAAGUGAUUUCGGGACAUCUUAAGGUUAAAGGCUGGUUGAGAACUGCCUGGAUCUACCCAGAGACGUCUAAUCUUGUCCUAUUACCCAUCCUGGAUGGAGAAGGAGGUGGAAAAAGCACUAUAUCUCAACAGGAAUGUUAUGAGCAAUUCGUGGAGGAUUUUGUUGCUAAAAACCCAGAUAUCAAUCUAAACGAGAGACCAGAAGUUCUGCAUGGAACAUGGAAUAACAAUACUGUCGGUAGCUGUGACGAAUCUCGGUUUACUGAGCCGAUGAUUGUGUUCUGUCUUGGGGUAGCUUGCGAGGGGUCAGAAGAACACACAUGCGGUUUAUUACUAGCAAAAACGGCCGAUGAAGGCGCAUAUACGAGAAUCGGCCAAUUUAUGAGAGGGAGGAAGAAAGACUUUAGAAACAAGCACCUACCCAUUGAGGAGGUGAUAAUAGUAUAG